UCAUCGCAUUACAGUGCAUACAACUCAUACUUAUUUACUCAUUCGGGUUUACAUAUCUGAGCAAUAUGGAGUUCACUAAACUAAUUAGGGCUGCAAUAAUUGCGUAUUUUGUUGGAGUUGGAUAUGGUCAACUGCAAAACAAAGUUCUGGUCUGCUAUUGGGGAACCUGGUCGCACUAUCGUCCACCGAUCGGGAACUUCUCUGUUGACAAAAUUCCACCAACUCUCUGUACCAAUAUCGUUUACAGUUUCUUCGGGCUUGAUAAUAAUACCAAUACAAUUAAAUCGCUGGACCCAUGGCUGGAUUACUCAAGUGCAGACCAUCCUGACGGAGGACUUGACAUGCUCCGCAAGACGGUUGCUCUCAGAAAUCAAAAUCCAAGUUUAAAAGUGACUUUAGCAAUAGGAGGAUGGAACGAAGGGUCCGUAAAUUACUCCAUCAUGGCAAGGACUCAGGCUACACGAGCCUCCUUCAUUUCAAGUACACUGAACAUCAUACAAAAGAGUAGACGCAGAUUGGGAAUAUCCAGCAAGGUAACACAAAGUUGUAUUAUUCAAAAUAGACGGGGAGGAAUUCCAGAAGACAAGGCCAACUUUGUUCUGCUUCUGAAAGAGUUUCGAGCUGCUUUGGACACGAUCGACACAGGACGAGGCAGACUUUUGCUUACAUCAGCGUUUGGAUGCUAUGAAAAGUUCUUGGAUGUGUCAUACGACAUUCCUGAAAUUUCAAAGUAUUUGGAUUACUUUCACUUGAUGUUGUACGACUUCAAGAUGUACUUGGAGGACGAUGGAAGUGGUGAAGUGGAACCCGGCUCUAAUCUAAUAGGACAUCAUGCACCACUCUACAGCAAGGAUUGGGAGGACGAAGGAAAUAAGACUAUGACUACUAGCUUUGCUGUGGAAAGCUUUAUUCAGAGAGGAGCACCGGCGAACAAGCUCGUGUUUGGGGUAGGAGCGUACGGAAAGACGUACGAGAUAUUCAGUCGAGUCGAACACAAUUUUUACGACCUAGCAAAAGGUCCCGGUGUUAAAUCUGAAAUUACGGAUGCACCAGGAACGUCGGCCAUGUUUGAGAUUUGCAGGGAACUAUUAGAUCCCAGAAUAGAAUGGGAAAUGGGAUUUGACAAUGAUUAUAAAAUUCCAUAUGCCUAUUCCGAUACAAAAUUUAUUGGAUAUGAUGACACGUUGAGCGCUCGAUUGAAGACGGAUUAUGCCAUGAAUAACGGGCUUGCAGGAAUGAUGGUCUGGAGCAUUGAUUUCGAUGACUUUGCUAACUAUUGUCAAGGAUGGAGAGAGUUCCCGAUUAUUAAUGCUAUGAGAGAUCGACUAUUGUACUUUGAUAAGAAAGCCCAUAAUUGAAAUUGGAGUUAGUUGUGACAUAUUUAAUUCAAUAAAUUAAUCUGAGCAUAAUUUCAAAAUCACAUCAUA